AUGUCUGGAGGGCGAGGUGCCAUUGGAAGCGUCCCGUGUGCUCUCGUGUCUUUCUGCGGUCAGUCGGUGCCUGCUGGUGCGCGCAGGGGGCAGGGGCAUGCAGGGCAAGUUGGAGCGAGCAGUGGAAAGUCUGUCGUGGCCAUCUCGGCCCCGGCCAGUUCGGUCGUGCGCCCGUGGACAAGACAUGCACGUGCAUUCUUCACGCAUUUCACGCCCCGUCCUUUCCUCUCUCUCCCUCUCUGCCUCCUCUGGGAGGCCUGGGAUUCAUUGUCGGGGCACGCGAGCGGCAUUGUUCCCCUCCCCCUCUGCCUCUUCCUCACCCCCUCAUCUGGCGUCCUGGUCGUCGUCCUCCUCAUCUUCCUCCUCAUCAUUCUCCCCCCCUCGCCUCCUCCUCCCCCUCCCUUCACAGAACGAUGGUUCGGCUGGUGGGAAAUCGCGUUGUCUCAAGAUCUGAUUGGGCCUCUCCGAGAAGUCUGGGUGGAAGUGUGUAUACAGAGCGACAAGCUGCUGGAAGCGGAUCAAUCAAUGCCAAGAAAUAUAGAUUGGAAGCAUGUGGGGUGA